AUGAUGCUUCCUCUAUCAGUAAAGUGCGUUUUCCUAUUCUCUGCCAUUUUCCAGCGUGUGCCUGAAACAUUGAGAGAACGGUUACAAAAAACAAGGUCUUCCUUCAGUUCCUCUUACAGCGUGGUUAAACGUCUUCGAGUGGAUGCUGAGGAGGAGCCAAACUUUACUGAAAAACCGGCAGAGGAGAGCCUUUCAGAAUGUGAACACAUAGACGGUGAAUUGGCAAAAGGGCCUUGUUUGAAAGAUAGUUCUGAGUGUAUCACUGUAUGUGACUCUAAAUCACUUUACAGUGGACAGUGUAGAGAUCUCCAGAACGACGAUGUGAUCGACCAUCUCUCUAAACAAGGAUUAAAUGAAGAAAAAGCAAAUUUGGUGAAACAGAUUCAGGAGAAAGAAGAACUUCUUCGGAGACUAAAAUUAGUCAAAAUGUAUAGAUCAAAGAAUGACCUGUCUCAGUUACAAUUGUUAAUAAAGAAGUGGAGAGGCUGUAGCCAGCGCUUGCUUUAUGAGUUGCAGUCAGCUAUGUCUGAGGAGAACAAGAAACUAAGUCUUACUCAGUUGAUAGACCACUAUGGGCUAGAUGAUAAGUUGUUACACUAUAAUAGAAGUGAAGAAGAAUUUAUUGAUGUUUAAUUUAUUUUCUCUCCAGAAUAUCUUUGCUAAUGACACCUUAGUUAA